AUGUCUAUCUCUCAGAAUAUCCUGUUUGUAGUAAUGUGCGGUUUGGCUCUGGCUGCCGGAGAUGUAUCGCAUUUAUUUGGCCAUGAACACGACCAUCAUCAUCACCACGAUCAUCACCAUGAGGAGCAUCCCGGUUAUAACUACGAACCCCCGAGCAUACCCUUCGAUUUACCAAAGCCAGGCCCGGAAUAUUUACCACCUGUGGCACCACCAGCACCAACUCCUGUUUACUUGCCGCCUGUAAAAGCAGUCACCCUGCCACCGCCAGUGUACUUGCCCCCUCAGACAGUAAAGCCAGCUAUUCCAGUGAAACCAAAGACGGCCUAUUUGCCACCAGUGCCUGCACCAACACCAGCUCCUGUACCACUGCCCACAGUAAGACCAGUAGCGCCCAUUGCAAAGAUCGAGACUCCCAAGCCUUCAUAUUUGCCACCUCCACCCCAACCAAAAGUGGAAUAUUUGCCUCCUGCACCAGUGCCAACUUUUAAAAUCCCCAUUCCCUCGUACGCUGCUCCCCUUGAGGAGCCCGUGAACUCCUACUUGCCGCCACAAGAGCCACAACGUAGUGCUGAUGACGGCUAUCACUAUGAUGCCCCCGCCAAGCCCUUCCUUUUCUAA